GGUGGUUUUGGAACAGCUCUAAUGGCAAAAGAUUUAGGACUUGCACAAGAUGCAGCUACAAAAUCUUUAACACCAACUCCCUUUGGGUCCCUUGCACAUCAGAUAUAUCGGAUUAUGUGCAGCACUACCUAGCUGCAAAGAUUUUUCAUCAGUCUUCCGUUUUAUUAAAGGAAAUGAAGAAGAAUAAAAAAUAUCAUGUUAUUUUUUAGGAUACAUUUAGAUUGUUAGCACAUUAUAAUCAGAAGAGAAAUCAUCAGGUAAAAAAAUAAAAUAAACUCAGUAGGGUUAACAAUUUUUACUUAAAUUAAGGCAGCCUUUAGUCUAGUAAUUAUUAUUGCCUUAUAACAAAUUUUGUGAGCUAUAUAUAGUUCUGGCAAUGAAAGUAAGAAAUAUUUUUCUACAUUGUAUUUCUUACUUUUCAAUUCCACAAUAUGAGUCCUAUGUUACUGCAUAAUACAAAUGAAAAUGAAGUUUUCACUUUUUGAAAGUCAGGGGAUAUUUAUUUGAAACUACCUUAACUAUAUAAGCAAUGUCAAAGUUUUUUUUCUGUGGUUAGAGUAUUUUUUAUAUGAAAUCUAUUUUAUCCUGCAAAAUCACAGUUUACUUAGAAUCAUGCAAUGGUUUAUUGAAAGCCAAAACACGAUUUAGUUACACAAGUAGAUUAAGUUUGCAGAGCCUAACUGUUCACGGUAACUAUUUUAGGGAUCUCCAACAAACUUUUGUGAUGGUUAAUUAAGCAAAGAAAUAAAUGUCCUUAUUAACUAAGAUCUGAGCAUUGUAUUGUGAGGUUGUAUCAAGUUGAUGGAAAUAAAUAUCCAGAAAACC